AUGAGAACCCCUAUCAGCGAAUACGACCCUCCGCAGGCUCAUCAAGUGUGUAUUUCUUGCAAGAAGCGGAAGAGGAAAUGCAACAAGGCGCGUCCUAAAUGUUCGUCAUGCUUAGAGAGAAAUUUGAAUUGCGAGUACUCGGCACCGCGGAAGAGUUCCGAUUCUACCUCUGUGCUGGAUCAAUUGCCGAAUAGUUUUUUUGUCGAUGAUGGCCCAGCUGACGCUCAAUCCAUCGACAUUCCCACCAUUUUGUUUUUAGAUCCCACCAUCUUACGCAAUGGAUAUGUAGAAAUUUCUCGUACCGCUAAUCUUGUACCAGAACCAAUUCUGCGUUUACUUGGAGAUCUAGAAGAGAUCGAAGAAAUCUCGUCUCGAUUCUUUGGGCAUAUACAUCUCUGGAUGCCUUUUAUCUCAAAGAAAAGGUUUUAUGAAAUCCACUUGCGGCCAUCAUUUCAAUCACGACCAGAUAUUGUUCUCCUCUUACUUUCUCUGAAACUCAUUACCACCUUACCUCCUACACAACCCCGUAACCCUCGGACCUCUCUAUAUAAAACCAUCAAGCACUUCUACCUUGAACUCGAGGGGUCCAGUACGUUAUCUAUCCUUAUAUUGCAAGCUGGUGUCCUAUUAGCCUUCUACGAACUCGGACAUGCUAUAUACCCGGCAGCGUACUUGUCUAUUGGUGCAUGUGCGCGCUAUGCACAUGCUUUGGGCAUUAAUGCUAGCGGCAAACUCAACAAGGGGAGAGUUGUUACCUUGGUCGAGGUGGAAGAGAGGAGGAGAGUCUGGUGGGCAAUCGUAAUUUUGGACCGCUUUGUGAGUGUCGGUUGCCCGGGAAGGCCUUUUGCGACCGCGAAUCCUAUAUUAGAAGACUAUUUACCGGUGGAUGACAAAGCAUGGGAUGAGGGUAUCAUCAGACCGGAGGAUUACUUUACCUUGUCUUCACCGAUGAGUAGUCAUAUGAGUAAAUUUGCGUUACUGUGUCAAGCUGCGAGGUUACUGGGCCAGGUUCUCGAUUAUGUUUCGAGCGACCACGCAGUUCACGACGAUGUUUGGAUACAAUUAGACCGAACGCUCCAGUCAAUGACCGCCGCUUCACUCAAGGUAGACGCACCGGACUAUAGUCAGAUUACUUUUGUUUAUAGUGCUCUCGUCGCUCUGUAUACGCCCUGGAUUGCUUCUAGUUCCUCCAAUGAGGCUGACAAUGUUCGUUCUCAACGAGCAAAGGUCAUCAUUGAACAAAUCACAGAGACAAUAAAGGAAAAUCUCAUGGCGCGAAAGUGCUUUUUUGGGGUCGACCCUGAGGACAUGUCACCAUGGGGUCUUUUUUUCGCUUACCGCAUUUCUGUGUCACACAUGCGAAGGUCUCGGGAAAAUCCCGACUCAUUAUACAUUUUGAAGAAUUUGAAGGAGGUUUUUAUGACAAUAGAUUCGAGGUGGAAUGCUGCGGGGGUUUAUCUUCAGCUUCUCGAGGCACAAGAAGUCAUGGAGAACUGUUAA